CUGGAACAAAUGUUGGGGCUGCAGGAAGAGUUACACUUUAAAAUGUCAGCAAGAUUAGACAUUCUAGACUCUGCUGUCGGUAAGAAGCCGUCAUCUGCUGCGACAACCCUCCAUCUGGACUUGCCCCGGAGCAUCCCUUGGCAGAUAGACGUGCGGUGUCCUCCAUCAUGACCAGGCUAUGGGCGCUCCUCUUCUCGCUUCCGAGCGUCUUCAUUCUCCCGCUCCACCGCAGAACUCUCACAGUCCGAGCGGAUUAUCCAGAGAUGGAGGAGCAAUGUCUGAAGAGAGAGCACCCCAUACUUACCUUCCAGGACCUCAGGCCUUGGUUGUCCAACUUCUCUUAUGGCGACGUGCAGGAUUUCUCGCAGCUCGCCCUCGAUGUCAACAGGAAUCAGCUGAUCGUGGGCGCCAGGAACUACCUCUUCAGGCUCAGUCUGUACAACGUCUCCCUCCUCCAGAUGGCAGAGUGGAGUUCUGAUGAAGACACCCGCCGAUCGUGUCAGAGUAAGGGGAAGACAGAGGAGGAAUGCCAGAAUUACAUCAGAGUCCUGAUCGUGACUGGGAAGAGGGUCUUCACCUGCGGGACGAACGCCUUCUCACCUGUGUGCACCAGCCGCCAGGUCGGGAACAUCAGCAGAGUCUUGGAGAAGAUAAAUGGCGUGGCCCGAUGCCCGUACGAUCCCCGUCACAACUCCACCGCCGUCAUCACGGCCCGCGGCGAGCUGUACGCUGCCACCGUCAUAGACUUCUCUGGUCGGGACCCCGCCAUCUACCGCAGCCUGGGCAGUAUCCCCCCGCUCCGCACCGCACAGUACAACUCCAAGUGGCUGAAUGAACCCAACUUUGUGGCCGCCUAUGACAUUGGUCUGUUCACGUAUUUCUUCUUCCGGGAGAACGCGGUGGAGCACGACUGUGGGAAGACGGUGUACUCGCGGGUGGCCAGGGUCUGCAAGAACGAUUUUGGGGGUCGCUUUUUGCUGGAGGACACGUGGACGACCUUCAUGAAGGCGAGGCUGAACUGCUCGCGCUCCGGGGAGGUCCCCUUCUACUACAACGAGCUGCAGAGCACCUUCCUCCUCCCAGAGCAGGAUCUCAUCUACGGCGUCUUCACCACCAACGUGAAUAGCAUCGCUGCCUCCGCGGUCUGUGCCUUCAACCUCAGCGCCAUCACUCAGGCCUUUAAUGGCCCCUUCAGAUACCAGGAGAAUCCGCGCUCUGCCUGGCUGCCAACGCUCAACCCCAUACCCAGCUUUCAGUGCGGUAUUCUGAACGAUGACAGUCCGAAUGAGAACCUGACGGAGCGGAGCCUGCAGGACGCUCAGCGCCUCUUCCUGAUGAAUGACGUGGUGCAGCCGGUGUCCGUGGAUCCGCUGGUGACGCAGGACAGCGUGCGCUUCUCCAAGUUGGUGGUGGAUAUUGUGCAGGGGAAGGACACCUUGUAUCACGUCAUGUAUAUAGGGACCGAGCGCGGCACGAUCCUCAAGGCUCUGUCCACGGCCAAUCGCAGCCUGCGGAGCUGCUACCUGGAGGAGAUGCACAUCCUCCCGAGCGGCCAGCAGCAGCCCAUCCUCAGCCUGCAGAUCCUGCACAGCAACCGCUCUCUAUUUGUGGGACUGAACAACGGCGUCCUGAAGGUUCCUCUGGAGCGCUGCACCAUGUACAGGACCGAGGGGACGUGCCUUGGCGCCAGAGACCCGUACUGCGGCUGGGACAGUAAGAAGAAGCGCUGCACCACCCUGGAGGACAGCUCCAACAUGAGCCUGUGGUUCCAGAACAUCACGGACUGCCCGGUUCGCAACUUGACAGUUAAUGGAGGAUUAGGGGCAUGGUCAGCCUGGCAGCCGUGCCAGCACUCGGAUGGAGACUCCUCGUGUCUAUGCCGCUCCAGGAUCUGUAAUAAUCCUGCCCCUCGCUGCGGAGGUCGUGACUGUGACGGAUCCCGCAUAGAGAUAGCCAACUGCUCACGGAAUGGCGGCUGGACUCCAUGGUCGUCCUGGGCGCAGUGCAGCACGUCCUGUGGGAUCGGCUUCCAGGUGCGGCAGAGGACCUGCAGUAACCCCGCUCCACGGUUUGGAGGCAGAGUGUGCGUAGGGCAAAGCAGAGAGGAACGGUUCUGCAAUGAGAACAGUCCCUGUCCGGUCCCCAUAUUCUGGUCUUUAUGGGGUUCAUGGAGCAAAUGCAGUGCAGACUGCGGAGGGGGCGUCCACUCCAGACAGCGCACCUGUGAGAACGGGAACACCUGCCCCGGCUGCGCUCAGGAAUUCAGGAUCUGUAACUCGGAGACGUGUCCUGAGGUGCGCAGAAACACUCCUUGGACGCCGUGGAUGACGGUUAAUAUCACACAGGGCGGUGCUCGUCAGGAACAGAGAUUCCGCUACACCUGUCGCGCUCAACUCUCCGACCCCCAUGAGCUUCAGUUUGGGAGGAAAAAAACGGAGACGCGAUUCUGUCCCAAUGAUGGUUCUGCGGCCUGCGAGACCGACUCUCUGGUGGACGACAUGAUGCGGAGCGGGAAGUCCCCGGCGCGGAUUGUCAGCGGUGGAUGGAGUCCGUGGGGCGCGUGGUCGGCCUGUUCUCGGGACUGUGAAUUAGGAUUCCGCUCUAGAAAAAGAACUUGCAGUAAUCCGGAACCUCGGAACGGUGGUCAACCCUGCAUGGGGUCUGCCACCGAGUUCCAGGAUUGUAACCCACAGCUUUGCCCAGUGAAGGGUUCGUGGUCAUGUUGGUCAUCCUGGACACAGUGUUCUGCCACAUGUGGCGGUGGACAUUACCAGCGCACACGUACCUGCACCAACCCUGCCCCAUCUAAUGGCGGUGACAUCUGCAUUGGUCUGCACACAGAGGAGGCGCUGUGUAAUACUUACCCGUGUAAAGGUGGUUGGGCAGAGUGGUCAGAAUGGAGCAUGUGUCAUGAAGAUGGAACACAAUAUAGAAACCGCUACUGUGACCUACACAACCCUGGACCCACACAGUGUGUUGGAAAUAGCACUCAAUACAGAGACUGUAUAUACAAUGAGAUUCCAGUCAUUCUGCCAGCCUCAAGCAUUGAUGAAAGUAAAGAGUGUGGAGGUUUCAGCCUUAUUCAUCUGAUAGCCACUGGUGUGUCUUGUUUCUUUGGCUCCAGCCUCUUGACAUUUGUAAUCUACGUUUAUUGCCAACGGUGCCAGAGACAGUCCCAGGAGUCCACCGUGAUUCACCCUGCAACCCCCAACCAUCUCCACUACAAGGGAAACUCUACUCCCAAAAAUGAGAAAUAUACUCCCAUGGAGUUCAAGACACUCAAUAAGAACAAUUUGCUUCCCGACGACCGAACCAACUUUUACCCUUUGCAGCAAACGAACGUGUACACAACCACAUAUUACCCGAGUAGUCUAAGCAAAUACGACUUCAGACCAGAUUCUUCUCCAGGCAGAACUUUCACCAACAGCUGAGAUACGGCCCGGAAUGGAAUUCACGUCGUCGUCACACUGAGGUUCCAUCUCCUUCCCCCUCUCAUGCUCCUUAGACAUGGCUCAGCUCAUUCUCUGUCACAUCUUGAGUUGGGCUAAUGGACCUACUGACCCUUCUCGGUGACCUGUUGUGGACAUCACACUGGAGUUAGCCCCUAGGACACAGCUAGAGUGGUAUCUUCAUGGUCGGGAGAGGAGUAUAGUCCAAGGCUUCUGUUUACUUGAAGAUGAACACGCUGCUUCUGUAGAGAUCCUGGAACAUAUAAUAAAAAAAAAAAUAAUUCCUGGAGGUUUGUGGAAGCGUUCGGCGUGUUCACUCAUGAGGCAUUUAUUUUUUUGAUUUUUUUUUUUUCAUAUAAGCAAAGAAAAUAACACAUUACACUGAAUGGCUUUGUUGCUUGCAUGACCAGCUCCGACACAUCAUCACGGCUGUCGCUCCGUUCUCCUUUGACAGUAUUCGGAUCAUUUCUGGAUUGUACCAACGGCCACAAACAUUUGCAACAGUCACCUUGCCGAUGAAGACUGAACUCGAUGAAAUGACCUUCUUGUGUCUCCAGAAAUUGGAUGCUUUCUUGAUAGACUAUUCUUCGCCGCCUCUAACAAGUGUCAGAAUCUUUCUUGUUGAAGACCCAUUAACACCUCCGAAGAUCAAGGCCUAUCAUCACACCCUGUCUAUAGGUGUUCCCAGGUCCGCCAUGAGGUCCCUGUAGACCAGACCAUGCAUAACCUGACCUACAAAAGUGUCCACUUAGGUUUUCACCUACAGAGGCAGGACUGUCUUGUUCUGAUGUCUUGGUAACUUAGAUCUAUAAAGUGUUUUAGAGACCGAUUCUGAGUUGACCUCUGCCAGCUUGGUCUCUCUCGCCCAUGUUCUGUGCACCAUGGUGAGAGGCCUCCAUACUAUUAGAACGGUGGCCAGUCUAGGGACGGUUGUAGUAGUAGAUGAAGGCAGGACCGCUUGGAGCCCCAGAUCGGUCGCUGCACUUUCUGAUGUAAUAACUCGUUUUGAUGUACAGAAGAAACUGAUCGGUGAACACGUGGGAUUUGUUUAAGCCAAUUUCUGUUCUUUUCAUGGUUACUAGGAUUGAGAGGUUUUUUUUUUUUUUGUUAGUUUUUUUAUAUAUAAAAAUAACAGGACAAAGAAUGUCUAAAGCAUCUUGUCUUCCACAAUGUAUGUCCGACCCAGAAAUAUCAUUUCAAAACUGUCAGACGUUUCUGUAAGCCUGGCAGUGAAAUGGUUAUCCUGGAGAUUUCAGCUUUACACAUAGUACCGCUUCUCACAGGAUGAUGGCCACUAGGAAUUCGGGAUCGAUACUUGGCAAACCAUGGACUUCACAACCACGUGCCAUGGGAGAGGCCAUUUCUGUGUUUUAGAAGAGUUGUCUGAUAGUUGUGAGAGUCGCCGUUAGGUUGUGUAGACUUCUGUCUGACGCGCGGAGAUUUUAGCUUUGAUGUUUAGAAUGAUUUGUGAAGAAUGGCGCAGAGCGACUGUAGUUCACGUGGAGUUUAGGUUCCGCCUUAGUUUAGAGUGAUUGCAAUGCAAUUCCAUUCAGUGCCUGUUCUGUUUUUAUGGUAUUUAAGGUUGCGCUAAAGAACACGUGAGGAGCAGUUGCAGAUUGACAUGAGGGUGAGCAUUCCCACUUUUUCCUAUAGUGUGCAAGCGCGUCCACCACUGAUGAAUUGCAGGGUGGUCGUAACCAGUGUAAAAAGUGAUGGGAAAUAUAGAAAGUUCCUUGUAUUGACUGUAUCGACAUGAUAAAUGCCACUUCCUGAAGUGACAAAAGCCAAAAUUCAAUGUAUCCAGCUCGUAGUAAAGUGGGAAGUAACAGGACUAUGCACUUCCCGGCAGUUCUAUAAUAAGCCAUACCAAGGGCAGGUACGUCCGCGAUCAUCGGACUGGAAUAUUGGCUGCUGUUUGCACACGGGAUAGAGCCACGGUCUGCACAAUCACAUUAAAGCUUCACACAUUAGAGUGCUUACACCCAUCAGGUAGAGGGAUGAUUGGGAUUUCCCUAUAAGUGUCUGAUACAAGGUCAGGGACUCCACCAAUUUAAGCUUGCAUGGAUACGCUGAUCACAGAACGGAGACGCUACCGCCACCUUUCCCUCUUGGCUACUCUGCUUCCGAUUUUCCGCAGUGGAUUUGGCUGAACUCCACAAUUGCAAAAUACACAUAAAAUGCAGUAGAUUUCACCUUCUGCAUUGCAAAGGGUGAAACCAGUGGCCCCUAUCUACACUAUACAUUGACAUCCUGCGGAUUGAAAAGUUGCAUGCGGGUUCCAGUGCGGAGACUCUGUGGUGCGUGAAUUUAUUUUUUAUUUUAUUUAAAAACUGUAAAAUGUUCAACUGUACAACAUUGCUGAUUUGCUGCAUGAAAAUCAACGGCACAUCCGCAGCAUUUUUGCCAUGUGGGAACAUUCGCUCAUUCUGCUCCUUACUGAUGCCGUGGCACCUGGUUGAAAAGGAUUUAGAAGAUCUCUACCGUCUGCCCCCCUAUCAGGCAUUCAUGACAUGUGCAUAGGAUAUAUAGAUCAUAAAUUGUAAGGGGGGGGGGGGGGUAUUAAAGUGCUGUGCCAGUUUUCUGGCAUAGAAAGGAGGUAAAGUUGGGGACAAGUGCCAUUAUGCACCAUCUGCAACUUGAUGAUGUUUUCAGACAACCUCACAAUAAGUAAACGGGGGGUGACAGGCCACGGAUGGGACGUCCAGGGACCAACACAUUUAACAGAAAACUGCUGUGCUUUAUACCUAAAAUCUACACUAGCCCCUGCAUAGCCCUCCGGAGGGUGCGCCAAAAUACUCUAUGCCAGCGUCAGAAACGGCGGUCUUCAUAAAUUCCCCCCAUAAGGUAGAAAGGUAAUUGCCAAAACUUCUGAAAUGUCCUUGUGUUUCAUUUAGGGCUCAUUCACAUGGCCGUAUUGCGAAUGGCUGUGUGAACUCAGUGAUGUGGACCCAUAGACUUGAAUUGGUCCAUGAUUCGCAACACAUAGGGCAUGUCCUAUCUUUUGUGGUGCGGAGACACGGGUCGGACGCACUGCCAUGAGCUUUCGGGUCUGUGCUAUCUUUUCGUAUUUUGCAUAUCGUGGGGCCAUUCAAGUCAAAGGGUCCGCACCGCGAUACAGCAUUCCCAUGGCCGGUGCCUGUGUAUUGCAGACCGCUAUGUGUGAUCUGCAACAUGGGCACAGCGAUCAUACGGUCGUGUGAAUGAGCCCUUAAAAAAAACUGGGAAAAUAAACCAUUUUCCUCCUUGUUCAUCCAACACACUCGUUACCCAAAGAUACAAUUAGGAAUCUGCUGGGGUUUGGCUGUUGGGAGAGCGACGCAGCGGCGCGCUCCUCUCGGAGUCACUGAAUACUAAUGAUUCCUGACUUUAACAAAUCCAUUUUGUGUUAAAUUCAGGAAAUUGUACAGACACAAAUUACAUUUUCCAGCUGCGAACAAACCGUCACUUUGUAUAUUUACAUCUCAGUGUGACGCGCGGCGGAGUCGCCCGGCCCGUUACAGAUAACCAAGCAUUAAAUCGGCAGCACAAAUACUGCUGGUAACCUUUGGGAGGGGAGCGAUAAUGUAAUCUAACUGUGUGGAGCACAGGGGAACCUCGCGCUGGCUGUAUUUUUGAAUAUCAGAUUAAACGUAUUGCAGACAAAUAUAAUUUCCUCUUUCACAUUUUGCGGCUACGAUAAUGGAGGAUACAAAAAGGACGUGGUUUCCAGGUGUUCAGGAACUGGCCACAAUAUGGCAGAACGCAUCCACCGCCCAGUCCUUACACGUAUCACAUAGAAGAUUGACAGCAGAAUAAGCCCUUCAUCCCGGGCAAACUUAUAGUCACUUACUGUCCAUCUCCCGACCACCUCUGCUGGGAGUUUGUUCCAAGUCUGAACUACUCUUUCAGUGUAAAAAGGUUUCCUGCAUUCAGGCGAGUCUUCAGCUUUUUUCGCUGGAGAUAAAACCGUAGCGUGCUGCGGUAUUAUCUCCGUCCGGAUCAUUCAAAAUGACUGAACUGAAGACGUCCUGAAUGGAUUACCCUCCGUUCAGAAUGCACAGGGAUAAAACGUAUCAGUUCUAUUCCGGUAUUGAGCCCCUAGGAUGGAACUCGAGUGUGAAAGUAGCCUUACUUGAAGGUUUCGAUCACGUCUCCCCUUCCCUUCUUUCCUCAAAACUAUACAGAUUAAGAGGGACAUUUAUCCAAUCUGCCACGCCAGUUGUGGUGUAAAAAUGUUGCAAGUGAUGCGACAUUUGUGCUGCCUUGCCAGUUUGAAGGGAUUCUGUCACCAAGUUUUAGGGUAUAGAGCUGCGGACAUGCACGGCUAGAUCGCCGCUAGCAUGUCCGCAAUAUAUCUGUCCUAUAGGGCUGUGUGCUUUUACUUUCUUUAA